AUCAGGGGGGAUGCAUCACCACACAGGACUAUAAGAGGAGUGAGAGCACUGCAGGAAGGCACCAUCCGGUCCACAUUCUCCUGCCGUACAGGUCCUGUUCACUCAGCAGCCAUGAAAUACAUCCUCAUUGCAGCCGUCGCCCUCCUUGCCCUGGCACAGGGAAGCUUCGCUCAAGAAGCUACAGAUCUUGAGAAGCUCACCCAGUACUUUGAGACCAUGAAGACCCAACUCACUGAAUUUAUCAACAACCACCAAUUGGCAGACCAGGCUCAGUCAUUCCUCAGCGAAAGGAGUGCCGCGAUGGAGCCUACGGUCACUCAGAUCAAGGAGCAGCUGAGAGCCACCUUUGCUAGCGCCCAAGACCAGAUCAGACCCCUGGCUGAGAAUGUACAGGCUCAGGCCCAGCCUAUGAUGGACGAGUUCCAGAGCCAGGUGCAGGAACUUUUGAAUAGGUUCAUGGAUCAGACCCAGGCCCUUAGAAACUAAACUUACCCUUAUCACAGUGAGAUGCAGAAGUGCCUCAACCCCACCAUCUUUUCAGGGUUACUUGCACUUGAUGGCUGGCCUCCAAGAGCAGGCAGGAGAUCUACAGCCUAAGAUGUGUUUCAGUGAUUGUUUGCAUUGGCUUUGUCAUUCACUGUCCAAAAGCAUGAUUAAAACUUGCAACACAA